ACAUCUAGUAGAUCAUUUGGGAAGGACGUGCGUAGCAUAUAUAAAGAAGUGCAACAGUCUGAACUCUGAACACAGAACUGAAGACAUACAUCAAGGCAGUUCUUCUACACAGUACAGAUAUGGAGUCUAUGAAGAGCAAAACAGAAGACAGCACUAAAAGUGAUUUGUCUGAGCAGAUAAAAGCAGCCACUAAAGAUUGUCACGUCAGAGCUGAGAACACACAACUGAUGCUCAACUAUCAGAAAGGACAGAUAACAAAAACACAAUAUAAGCUCCUGCUGUGUUCUCUGUUUGAGAUCUAUCAAGCGCUUGAGGAAGAACUGGACAGGAACUGUGAUCACCCUGCAGUAAAGCCCAUCUAUUUCCCUCAGGAGCUUGCACGACUGGAGUCUCUGGAGCGAGAUCUGGAGUAUUUUUUUGGACCUCAGUGGAGGAAGAGAAUAUCAGUACCUUCAGCAACACAAAGAUACACACAGAGACUGAGAGAGAUCGGCAAAAGCAGGCCAAAUCUUCUUGUGUCACAUGCCUAUACACGCUACCUCGGAGACCUGUCAGGAGGACAGGUGCUUGGCAAAAUUACCCAGAAAUCCUUGGGGCUGACUGAAAACAAAGGGGUGGCAUUUUUCACGUUUCCCGGAGUGACGAGCCCCAACAAAUUCAAGCAGCUGUACAGGAGCAGGAUGAACAGCAUCGACUUAACAGAGCAGGAGAGACGGGACGUUCUGGACGAGGCUACAAGGGCUUUCGAGCUCAACAUUGAGGUGAGGAUGUGAUGCGUUGUGGUCAUUUCAAUGUUGAUUUACCGUUAAAUCAACAUCAAGGUUGAAUCAACGUUGAAUUACCUUUUGAUUUUACAAAUUGAAUUAACAUUGAACAAACAAAUGACAUUAUUUCGACGUUGAUAUUUAGGCAUUUUAUUACCUUUUGCAACCGUUAAGCAUUUACUGUUGUAUCAAUGUUGUUUUAACGUUGAAACAAGAACUGACAUUAUUUCAACCAAAUUUCAACGUUGAUUUUUAAUCAUUUUAUUACCUUUUGCAACUGUUUAGCAUUAACUGUUGUAUAAAUGAUGUUUUACGUUGAAACAAGAACUGACAUUAUUUCAACGUUGAUUUUUAAUCAUUUUAUUACCUUUUGCAACUGUUUAGCAUUAACUGUUGUAUCAAUGUUGUUUUAACGUUGAAACAAGAACUGACAUUAUUUCAACCAAAUUUCACCGUUGAUUUUUAAUCAUUUUAUUAACCUUUUGCAACUGUUUAGCAUUAACUGUUGUAUUAAUGUUGUUUUAACGUUGAAACAAGAACUGACAUUAUUUCAACCAAAUCUCAACGUUGAUUUUUAAUCAUUUUAUUAACCUUUUGCAACUGUUUAGCAUUAACUGUUGUAUCAAUGUUGUUUUAACGUUGAAACAAGAACUGACAUUAUUUCAACCAAAUUUCACCGUUGAUUUUUAAUCAUUUUAUUAACCUUUUGCAACUGUUUAGCAUUAACUGUUGUAUUAAUGUUGUUUUAACGUUGAAACAAGAACUGACAUUAUUUCAACCAAAUCUCAACGUUGAUUUUUAAUCAUUUUAUUAACCUUUUGCAACUGUUUAGCAUUAACUGUUGUAUCAAUGUUGUUUUAACGUUGAAACAAGAACUGACAUUAUUUCAACCAAAUCUCAAUGUUGAUUUUUAAUCAUUUUAUUAACCUUUUGCAACUGUUUAGCAUUAACUGUUGUAUUAAUGUUGUUUUAACGUUGAAACAAGAACUGACAUUAUUUCAACCAAAUCUCAACAUUGAUUUUUAAUCAUUUUAUUAACCUUUUGCAACUGUUUAGCAUUAACUGUUGUAUCAAUGUUGUUUUAACGUUGAAACAAGAACUGACAUUAUUUCAACCAAAUCUCAAUGUUGAUUUUUAAUCAUUUUAUUAACCUUUUGCAACUGUUUAGCAUUAACUGUUGUAUUAAUGUUGUUUUAACGUUGAAACAAGAACUGACAUUAUUUCAACCAAAUCUCAACGUUGAUUUUUAAUCAUUUUAUUAACCUUUUGCAACUAUUUAGCAUUAACUGUUGUAUCAAUGUUGUUUUAACGUUGAAAAAAGAACUGACAUUAUUUCAACCAAAUUUCAACGUUGAUUUUUAAUCAUUUCAUUAACCUUUUGCAACUGUUUAGCAUUAACUGUUGUAUCAAUGUUGUUUUAACGUUGAAACAAGAACUGACAUUAUUUCAACGUUGAUUUUUAAUCAUUUUAUUAACCUUUUGCAACUGUUUAGCAUUAACUGUUGUAUCAAUGUUGUUUUAACAUUGAAACAAGAACUGACAUUAUUUCAACAUUGAUUUUUAAUCAUUUUAUUAACCUUUUGCAACUGUUUAGCAUUAACUGUUGUAUCAAUGUUGUUUUAACGUUGAAACAAGAACUGACAUUAUUUCAACGUUGAUUUUUAAUCAUUUUAUUAACCUUUUGGAACUGUUUAGCAUUAACUGUUGUAUCAAUGUUGUUUUAACGUUGAAACAAGAACUGCCAUUAAUUCAACCAUAUUUCAACGUUGAAGCUCGGGCAUAUGCCUGCGGGUAGUUUUGUUAGUUGGGGUUAUAAAAAAUGAUACAGCUUGAUUUUAGACUUCAGGCUCAUCUAUAAUACAUAAUGUUGAUAUUUCAGUAAAUCAUCUAUGUGAAAUGUUGCAAUGAAUUAAACUAGUUUUUGAUAAAUGAGUUGAAUGAGUGUGAAAUUAAAUACAUGUUGGUUGUCUUAAACAGGUCUUUGAUGAUCUUCAGAAAAUGCUCAGCAUCACAGAGAAAAAUUCCAGU